CUUCCUCUCUCACACAGGCAUCUGUACUAAACUUAUCAGAGGACUUCUUGGUCAACUAAUGUAGACAAUAGUGAGUGAGGCGUGGGUGGACCUUUUCUUUGAGUUCUAACAGGCCCUAACAAAGGUUCUCACUGCUUUCUUGAAGGAACUUGAAGACAACUUAAGGAGAAGGGGGCCAUGAGGCCAAACUUUCUUUUUUUAUCGCCCACCCUGUCCUCGAGACUGAGGUGGAUUUUGUAAACCAGAGACUUGAUGUUCAUCCCCCUGGAGGCCCAGGACUUGAUUUGAUUUGGGCCCUUUUUGCGCUUUUUAUUCAGAGUGACCACCUUUUGUUACUGUGCUUUGGGAUACACUGAUUUCCUGGAAGAAAGAGUUUGUGUAAAGCUGUCCUCCUGGAUUACUUGUGGAGAUUAGUGAUGGGGAAUGCAGCUGGUGGGGGCUUGGAGCAUGAACCGGCUGAAGGUCGAGAGGCGAGGAACUCAGUCGGUACAGCUUCAACAAUGAGUGACCCUGCACCGGCCUUGCAAAAAAAGCAGCCACCUCAACCCAAACUUCCCAUGCCCCCAGAGAAGGAGCUGGAGGAGCGCUUCAAUGCGGUUCUGAGCUGCAUGAACUUGCCUCCAGAUAAGCUGGAGCUCUUGAGUCAAUACGACAAUGAAAAGAAGUGGGAAUUAGUCUGCGAUCAGGAGCGUUUCCAGGUGAAGAGCCCCCCAUCUACUUACCUGACUAAGAUCAAAAGCUUCUACCAGGAUCAAGGAGGGGUGUCUCGUAGGUUAAAGAAAAAGAUCCAAGAUGCCACCCAGGUCCUUAAAAAUUUGGAGAUAUCCCUUCGCACCAAUCACAUUGGAUGGGCGCAGGAGUUUCUUAAUGAACAGAACAAAGGUCUGGAUGUCCUGGUGGAAUACCUGUCCUAUGCACAAAGUGACAGCUCGUUUGAGGUCGAGAGUGUGGAAAAUGGUGGCAUCCUGUCAGACAAAGGAAAAUCAGCAGAACGGUCAAUGGAAGACUUGACCAAGAGCUCCAGCAGCCAUCAGUCACAUGGUAUGAGCAGAGCUGCCCGUGCACUGACUGUAAGAAUAAGCUCCACUCUGGGAAGCAAAAUACACAGGAAGUCCCACCUCAACAACCAGAGAGAUGACGUACAUGUGUGCAUAAUGUGCCUGCGAGCCAUCAUGAACUACCAGUCCGGUUUUAAUUUGGUGAUGACUCACCCACGCUGCGUGAAUGAGAUCACCCUCAGUCUCAACAGCAGGAAUCCCAGGACCAAAGCUCUUGUUUUGGAGCUGCUGGCGGCCGUGUGUCUCGUCCGAGGAGGACAUGACAUCAUCCUCUCUGCUUUUGACAACUUUAAAGAGGUGAGCAAAGAAAAGAACCGCUUUGAGAAGCUGAUGGAGUACUUUGUCCAUGAUGACAACAACAUUGACUUCAUGGUUGCCUGCAUGCAGUUCAUAAACAUUGUGGUCCAUUCAGUGGAGAACAUGAACUUCCGUGUCCAUCUACAAUAUGAGUUCACUCACCUUGGAUUAGACAAGUAUCUAGAGACUCUAAAGCUAACAGAGAGCGAGAAGCUGCAGGUCCAGAUCCAGGCCUACUUGGACAAUGUGUUAGACGUAGGAGCUCUGCUGGAAGAUGCUGAGCAUCGAGGAGGGGUGCUGGAGCAUGUGGACGAAUUACACGAACACAACGUUCAGCUGAAUUCACGGCUUCAGGAGAUUGAGAGUCAGACGGCAGAGAGAAUAUCUGAACUAGAGACUCAGCUCAUGCAGGCCACCAAGGAGGGUGAGCUGCUCAAAGAAAGCCUGCGAGAGUCGUGUUCCCAGGUUAGCACUUUGCAGCAGAGAGAAAGAGAACGUGAGCUGGACAGGGAGAGAGAGAAGGACAGGGAGAGGCUGGGUGUCGCUGGCCCUCAGGCACCUUCAGAGCUAGAACAGAAGAUCCAGGAGCUGCAGGACCAGGGGCUAAUCCGACUGGGACGCACUGCUUCAGGAAAUCUGGACAUCCAGGUUGUGCCUGUCACAGUUGUUGAAUACGUUCAAAGCUCAGCCCCAGCGACCCAACCUAGCGCUCCAGACGCUGUCGAUUCUACCUCCUUACAAUCCAGCCUCCCUUCCUCUGCCCCUAUACCACCACCGCCCCCUCCAGGUGGCUCAGAGCACACUGUCUCUCCGCCUCCUCCGCCUCCACCACCUCCACCACCUCCAUCUCUCCCAGGAGGUCCUGCUCCACCACCACCUCCUCCUCCGCCUCCUCCUGGAGUAUGUCCACCACCUCCCCCUCCUCCCCCUGGUGCUGGUCCCCCACCUCCUCCUCCUCCCCCUGGAGCUGGCCCCCCACCCCCACCUCCUCCUCCUGGUGGUGGACCACCACCACCCCCUGGAGCACCAGCUACAGAUACUGGGAUUAAGAGCAGAAAACCUAUUCAGACCAAGUUCAGGAUGCCUUUGUUAAACUGGCAGGCAUUAAAACCAAACCAGGUGACAGGCACAGUCUUCAAUGAGCUAGAUGAUGAGCAAAUCUUGGGGGAGUUGAAUAUGGAAAUGUUUGAGGAACAGUUCAAAACCAGGGCCCAGGGUAACUCAGCCGACCUGUCCAAGAUUAAGAAGAAGACUGCUAAUAAAGCGCCCACCAAGACAUCCUUGAUUGAUGCCAAUAAAGCCAAAAAUCUGGCAAUCACUCUACGCAAGGGGGGAAUGAGCCCGGCCAAAAUCUGCACUGCCAUAGAAACGUAUGACCAGCAGUCUUUGUCCAUAGACUUCCUGGAAUUGCUUGAACCAUUCAUACCAUCAGACUUCGAGAUGAAGCUACUUAAAAACUAUGAGAAAGACGGCCGUCCACUGGAUGAGCUGACUGACGAAGACCAAUUUAUUUUACGCUUUGGGAAGAUUCCUCGUCUGAACCAGCGAAUAAACACUCUGACUUUCAUGGGCAAUUUCCCAGACACGGUCAAACGGCUGCAGCCGCAACUGAACUCCAUCAUUGCUGCAUCCAUGUCCCUCAAGUCUUCAGACAAAUUAAAAAAGAUCCUAGAAAUUGUUCUCGCGUUCGGUAACUACAUGAACAGCAGUAAAAGAGGUGCAGCCUGUGGUUUCAGACUGCAGAGUCUGGAUCUUCUUUUGGAGACCAAAUCCACUGACCGCUCACAGACGCUACUUCACUUCAUCACCAAUAUUAUCCAGGAAAAAUACCCAGACCUGGUCAACUUCCACACCGAGCUACACUUUGUAGACAAGGCAGCCCUUGUCUCCCUGGACGGCAUUCUUCAGGAUAUCCGCUCACUAGAGCGAGGAAUGGAGAUGACCAAGAAGGAGUUUCUGGUGCAGGACGACAGCCCCGUGUUGAAGGAAUUCAUCAAAACAAACAGCGAGCAGCUGGACACUUUAAUCAAAGACAGCAAGACAGCGCAGGAGGCUUACGGCUUUGUAGUGGAGUAUUUCGGAGAGAAUCCCAAAACCACGCAGCCCUCGAUGUUUUUUCCCAUGUUUGGUCGCUUCUUGAAGGCCUAUAAAACAGCACAGCAAGAGCUUGAACAGAAAAAGAAAAUGGAGAGUGAGAUGCGUGAGGUAAAAGAGUCACCAUCUCCAAACAGGGCUGGAUCACAAAAAGGCCCUAUGAUGCCUAAGAUGCCUCAGAUGGACCUGAUAGCAGAGCUGAAGAAGAGGCAGGUGAAACCACCAGUACGCGAGGGCAAGGACGGCGCGCUGGAGGACAUCAUCACAGAUUUGAGGAACUCGCCGUACAGGCGGGCAGAUGGUCGUCGGCCAGCACAGCGUCAGGACACUUAAGCCACCUUUGGUUCAAGUUUUUUUUUUUCUUCAUUUUUUUUUUCAAAUGUGACCGCAGUCAGUCAUUGAAAUACAUGAAGAAGAUAAGUUUUAAAUAGUCUGUAUAUACAGUUUUAUCAGACAGUAUAGCCAUCUCACAGUGUGUAUGAACAAUAUAUUCGUGUCAAGUUACUCUGUAAAUAUAAAGUUGGAACUUUUUUAAUAAUAAACAGUCCAUGAAAUGUAAUUGAAAUCCAACAGAAAUGUAACGAUUUGUUUCUAAUGACGUUGUAUUAAUUUUUAACACUGUUACACAUGAGAUAAAAACACAUGACUUUAAAAUAAACCAACUUGUAACCACUAUGACUGUAGUCUCAGAAGUUUAUGAUUACAUGAUCUGUCACAUUAUGCAAUAUUUGAUUUAGGUCACUGGAUUGGGCAGCCAACCCAUAUGCCACAGGGCUACUGCAGAGGUUUGAACCCGCCCCCGGGCCACGUCUUCCCCCGGCUCUCUCUCCCAGCUUUCCUUUCAUAAUAAUUUGCUGACAAGUCAGUAUAAAGCAAGAUCAGACACUGCGACUGUACAAGAGAGCUGCACUUUAUUUGACACACAAUCACAGCAACUUAUGUACAAAAGAAGGCAGGUUCAACUGCCUGCUGUCUUCUCACAGGAAAAACACACACAUUUCUCACAGAAUAUCAUGGCAUCCACACUGAUAAAUUAGUAUCUCCAGUAUCAGUAGGCUUUUAAAUUUAUAUAUCAUUAUAUCAUAGAUCUAUU